UUCGCUGGAGCUCCACUUCCAUUAAUCAAUCAGCAAUAAUUUCCAGUGCUUUUCCUCCUUCAAACUGCCAAAUUACCGAAUCCAAAAUGUCUGAGGCAGUGAGUUUUCUCUCCUGAGACCGGAGAGCUACACAGAAAAAGGAGACAUCUUAGCUAUAAUUCUUGAGAUCCACUAGGACCGCCUAUUUGCGAGUCCUUUUGAGAGUGGUUGAGGGACAAGGAUCUCUGGGUUGCCCUCAAAAUGGCGCGAAUACCCUCAUCUCUACUUCCUCUGAUCCUCAUUUUCACUCUAUCGAUGCUCCACUUUGCACACUGUAAAACCCUUAAGCGUGAUGUUAAAGCUUUGAAUGAGAUCAAGGCGUCUCUUGGUUGGAGAGUUGUGUAUGCGUGGGUUGGAGAUGAUCCCUGUGGAGAUGGCGAUCUGCCUCCCUGGUCUGGGGUCACCUGUUCCACUGUCGGUGAUUAUCGAGUAGUUACGGAACUCGAGGUGUAUGCUGUGUCUAUUGUCGGACCUUUCCCUACUGCUGUAACCAGCUUGCUGGAUCUUACACGCCUGGAUUUUCAUAACAACAAGUUGACAGGACCUAUUCCUCCUCAAAUUGGACGACUGAAGCGGCUUAAAAUAUUAAAUUUGAGGUGGAACAAACUACAGGAUGCAAUUCCUCCAGAGAUUGGUGAGCUUAAGAGUCUGACACAUCUAUACUUGAGCUUUAAUAAUUUCAAGGGAGAAAUCCCCAGGGAACUAGCUAAUCUUCCUGAGCUUCGCUACCUUUAUCUUCAUGAAAAUCGUCUUAGUGGAAGAAUCCCUCCUGAAUUGGGCACCCUACAAAAUCUUCGGCACCUGGAUGUUGGGAACAAUCAUUUGGUGGGUACCAUAAGGGAACUUAUCCGCAUUGAAGGUUGCUUUCCAGCACUUCGGAAUCUAUACUUGAACAAUAACUAUUUCACUGGAGGAGUCCCUGCACAACUUGCUAACUUGACCAAUCUUGAAAUCCUGUUCCUAUCCCACAACAAAAUGUCAGGAGUUAUACCAUCAAGCCUUGCUCAUAUCCCCAAAUUGACUUACUUGUACUUGGAUCACAACCAGUUUUCUGGGAGAAUUCCUGAUGCCUUCUACAAGCAUCCAUUCUUGAAAGAAUUGUAUAUUGAAGGAAAUGCAUUCCGACCCAGUGUGAACCCCAUUGGUGUGCACAAAGUCCUUGAAGUUUCUGAUGCUGAAUUCCUUGUUUGAUGAACACGAUGCAUCAUAUUCUUUUGAUUUUCUUCCCUGGAAGGUUGCUUGUAUAAUUACUGAAACAAUUAAUCAUCUGAUAAUCUCAGUGAAAUAGUAAAAUAGGUUAUUCAAUUUUGGUCUGAUCUGUAUCUUCUUCAUUGCAUAUUUAUUUUUUAUGUGGGCAAACAUUUCAUGUCACUAAGAAGUUGAAUGUACAUGAGAUGGAUUCGAUGUUGAAGUUCAGAAUGUAUUCAAUAAUUUUAGACAAAAAUGGUAUAGAGGAAUGGAAUUGGAAA